ACACAGAUUUAUGAGUUUCAGAGGAUCCGAUUCCUUAGUCUCUGAUUCCUGAAUGGCAUUAAAUACACUGUCCUUGGUUAAGACUACGAUGUAGAAAGAAACAAGCUGAUUAUUCAGAAUUCUGUCUCCUUUCUAUGACACCAGACUCCUAAUGUGGCAUCAGUUACACAAGUUGGUAUUUUGUUCUCCACUUUUAGGAGACCACCACUUUGGAGGCCUUGGGUGGAGCUGGACGUAGACUAGAGACAUGGAGAUAGGACAAUGAUACGGAGUCUGAAAACCUGAGUUUGGCCCCACUUUGUACUUGGGAGCUUGAGCUAAUCGCUUAACUCAAACAGAACAAUAAAAUCCGUGAUACAGACUUGAGCGCCUCAAGUGCUGCCAAAAGUACUUAAAAGACAGAAAAGAACUAAUCAUAGGCACCCUCACCCAGCACCUCCUAGAUACCGAGUACCGUUCUGUUCUAGGUUCCUUACAUUCUUCAUUUCAUCCCAAUAACCACCCCCAAAGAGGCAGUUAUCAUUCUACAAAUGGGUCGCGCAGCUACUAAAUGGCCCAAUCCAGAUCUGACCCCAGGCCUGCCAACGCUCUUGCUGACCUGUCGCUACUCCAGGAGGACCUGCAGGAGGACGCGGACGGAUGGGCAGGGCUGGGAGGAGUUGGUGUGGAUGACUACAGCUCAGAGUCUGAUGUGAUUAUUAUACCUUCAGCCCUGGACUUUGUCUCACAAGAUGAAAUGUUGACGCCACUGGGGAGAUUGGACAAGUAUGCUGCAAGUGAGAACGUUUUUAACAGACAAAUGGUGGCCCGGAGUUUGCUGGAUACAUUGAGGGAAGUCUGCGAUGAUGAAAGGGAUUGUAUUGCUGUUUUGGAAAGAAUUAGCAGAUUGGCUGAAGAUUCAGAACCAACUGUGAGAGCGGAACUGAUGGAACAGGUGCCUCAUAUUGCAUUGUUUUGUCAAGAAAACCGGCCUUCAAUACCAUAUGCUUUUUCCAAAUACUUGCUACCUAUUGUGGUUAGAUAUCUUGCAGAUCAGAAUAAUCAGGUGAGGAAAACAAGUCAGGCAGCUUUACUGGCUCUGCUGGAGCAGGAACUAAUUGAGCGAUUUGAUGUAGAGACCAAAGUGUGCCCUGUCCUCAUAGAGCUGACUGCCCCAGAUAGCAAUGAUGAUGUGAAAACAGAAGCUGUGGCUAUAAUGUGCAAAAUGGCUCCCAUGGUUGGGAAGGAUAUUACAGAGCGUCUUAUCCUGCCUAGGUUUUGUGAGAUGUGCUGUGAUUGCAGAAUGUUUCAUGUUCGAAAGGUCUGUGCUGCCAACUUUGGAGAUAUUUGCAGUGUAGUUGGCCAGCAAGCUACUGAAGAAAUGUUGCUACCCAGAUUUUUUCAGCUUUGUUCUGAUAAUGUAUGGGGAGUCCGGAAGGCUUGUGCUGAAUGCUUCAUGGCGGUUUCAUGUGCAACAUGUCAGGAAAUCCGACGGACUAAAUUAUCAGCACUAUUUAUUAAUUUGAUCAGUGAUCCUUCACGUUGGGUUCGCCAAGCAGCUUUUCAGUCUCUGGGACCUUUCAUAUCUACUUUUGCUAAUCCAUCUAGCUCUGGCCAGUAUUUUAAAGAAGAAGGCAAAAGUUCAGAAGAUAUGUCAGCAGAAGACAAAAAUAGGAUCAGAGAUCAAGAAGUCCCAGAGGAUGUACAAAUCAGGCCAGAGGAUGUUCCUUCGGAUCUCAGUGUUAGUAAUUCCAGUGUCAAACUGGAAAACACAGUGGAAGAUAAUGCUGCUGAAACAUCUAGGGAAUCACCAGGUGUGGACAGCUCUUUACUUUGUACUUUGUCCUCAGAAUCUCAUCAGGAAGCAACUAGUAAUGAGAAUGAUAAAAAACCUGGAAACUACAAAUCUACAUUACACCCAGAAGUUGGCACCAGUUCACAAGAUUCAGCUCUCUUAGAUCAGGAAUUGUACAACUCCUUCCAUUUCUGGAGGACUCCUCUUCCUGAAAUAGAUCUAGAUAUAGAGCUUGAACAGGACUCUGGGAAAACACUCAGUCCAGAGAGGCCAGAGAAAACAUCUGAAGUCCCCAUGUCAGCUUCUCCAAACAUCACCAUGGCUACCAGAAAGGAACUUGAAGAAAUGAUAGAAAAUCUAGAGCCCCACAUUGAUGAUCCAGAUGUUAAAGCACAAGUGGACGUGCUGUCUGCUGCGCUGCGUGCUUCUAGCCUGGAUGCUCAGGAAGAGACCAGCAGUGCAGAAAAGAAAAGUGAUUUGCAAGAUGAACCGGGUAUAAAUGAGCUACCAAAUUGUAAAAUAAAUCAAGAUGAUUCUGUGCCUUUAAUCAGCGAUGCUGUUGAGAGUGUGGACUCCACUCUUCGCUGUAUUCAUGAUGAUUCAGACUUGAGCACCAGUAGUGGUCUCAGCCCUGAUGAGGAAAGGAGAACUAAAGUCCAAGAUGUUGUACCUCAGGCUUUAUUAGAUCAGUAUUUAUCUAUGACUGACCCCUCUCGCGCACAGACGGUUGACACUGAAAUUGCUAAGCACUGUGCAUACAGCCUCCCAGGUGUGGCCCUGACGCUUGGCAGACAGAAUUGGCACUGCCUCAGAGAGACGUAUGAGACUCUGGCGUCAGACAUGCAGUGGAAAGUUCGAAGAACUUUAGCGUUCUCAAUCCAUGAGCUUGCAGUGAUUCUUGGAGAUCAGUUGACAGCUGCAGAUCUGGUUCCAAUUUUUAAUGGAUUUUUAAAAGACCUUGAUGAAGUCAGGAUAGGUGUUCUUAAACACUUGCAUGAUUUUCUGAAGCUGCUUCAUAUUGACAAAAGAAGAGAAUAUCUUUAUCAACUUCAGGAGUUUCUGGUGACAGAUAAUAGUAGAAAUUGGCGCUUUCGAGCUGAACUGGCUGAACAGCUGAUUUUACUUCUAGAGUUAUAUAGUCCCAGAGAUGUGUAUGACUAUUUACGUCCCAUUGCUCUGAAUCUGUGUGCAGACAAAGUUUCUUCUGUUCGUUGGAUUUCCUAUAAGUUGGUCAGUGAGAUGGUGAAGAAGCUGCACAUGGCCACACCACCGACGUUUGGGGUGGACCUCAUCAAUGAGCUUGUCGAGAACUUUGGCAGAUGUCCCAAGUGGUCUGGUCGACAGGCCUUUGUCUUUGUCUGCCAGACUGUCAUUGAAGAUGACUGUCUUCCCAUGGACCAGUUCGCUGUGCAUCUGAUGCCACAUCUGCUAACCUUGGCGAACGACAGGGUCCCAAAUGUGAGAGUGCUGCUUGCAAAAACAUUAAGACAGACUCUACUAGAGAAAGAGUAUUUCCUAGCCUCAGCCAGCUGUCAUCAGGAAGCUGUGGAACAGACCAUCAUGGCUCUUCAGAUGGAUCGUGACAGCGACGUCAAGUAUUUUGCAAGCAUCCUCCCUGCCAGUACCAAGAUCUCUGAAGAUGCCAUGAGUACAGCUUCCUCAACCUACUAGAAGGCUUAAGCCUCGGUGUCUUCCCCUCUUCCGCGAGAGCUGAGGCUCGGCGAGUGCUCCACAUGCAUGUGAUCUGGGUGGCUUUGUUGGGAGGAGAGACCUUCCUCUCUUGCAGACUUAUUUGCAGGUGCAAGUUGCCUAACCCAAUACCAGGGAUUUUAAGAGUCAAGAGAAAGUACAGUAAACACUAUUAUCUUAUCUUGACUUUAAGGGAAAAUAAUUUCUCAGAGGAUUCUAAUUGUCACCGAAGCCUUAAAUCCUUCCGUCUUCCUGACUGAAUGAAACUUGAAUUGGCAGAGCAUUUUCCUUAUGGAAGGGACGAGAUUCCUAGAGACCUGCAUUGCUUUCUCCUGGUUUUAUUUAUAACAGCCUAUAGAUGAAAUUCUUAUAGCCAGAAGGCAGAUGUGCACCCGGACGUGAAAGAGACCUUCAGUAUUAGCCCUAACUGUUUUCUCCCAGGCACAAGGACCUGUUGGGUUCUGUGGCCAGCUGCCCAGCCCAGCCCUAAGUGUGAAUAGUUUCUGACAUGUAUAAAUGGGAAAGGAGAUUUUUUUGGAUUUCUCCUAAGGGCUUGAUGCUAACACUAAAGUAGAAUCUGAUUUUAACUCUUAAAUGCAGCAUAUUGCUGUACACAUUUACAGAACAUUUGCUGAGUAUCUAUGUCCUCAUUUUUUUCAUGCUGGUCAUGACCCGAAGGAAAUUUAUUAGCACGUAUACUGUAUGUCAGGUGUUUUUAACUUGAUCAUGAUCAGCUCUGAGGUGCAACUUUUUCUUCACAUACUGUAUAUAUCUGUGACCGCUCUUGGGAGUGCUGCAGUCUUUAAUCAUGCUGUUUAAAACUGUUGUGGCACAAGUUCUCUUGUCCAAAUAAAAUUUAUUAAUAAGAUCUAUAUAUAGAGAGAUAUAUACACUUUUGAUUGUUUUCUAGAUGUCUACAAAUAAAUGCAAUUUGUGACCUGUAUUAAUGAUUUAGUAUAAAAUGGGGAAACUAGAUUAAAAUAUUUGUCUUUUAACUA